AUGGAGUUCAAGGGCCUCGGCGAGUCCAGUUCGGGCUUAGAGCUCACCAUUGCUACCCCAACAGGAAUCGACCUCAACUCCUUAUUAUUUGAAUCCAACGACGAUGGUGGUAACGGGUCUAACGACGACGAGAACGCGACUGAGCUGGACCUCCUGAAGACCAUCAAUCACCCACCGCCGCAUGCCGGGGAAAAGGCGCCGGAGGACGUGCUGACGAUGAGAGGCGUGGAUGUGGAGGGUGAUGCCGCCGGUGGCGGGUCACUUAUCACACGCAGGCUCUACAGGAAGCUCUCAAAGGAGCAGAAUGACGAGCUGGAAGCAGCCUUUCAGCAAAACAAUUUCAUAGACAGGAGCUCGAAAGAGGCCUUGGCUGAGAGGCUCAAGAUAACGCUGAAGCAGGUGGAUGUCUGGUUCUUGAACCGCAGAUGCAGGUUGAGGAAGCAGCAAACUGAGGAGGCCCAUAUCCAGAACAAGCAGCUAGUUGAAGAACUGACCAAGAAAAAGCGCCGCCUCAAGCGCAAGAUAGAGAAGCUCAAGAAGCGCAACAAGGAGCUCAAAGAGAAGCUCAAGGCAGCAGCAACACCUCAGGCGGCGGCACCACCACCCCCACCACCAUCAGCGCCAUCAGUCAUGCUGCUCCCUCUCACGGCGGGGCUUAACGACGCGCUUGCAGCUGCACUGAACACACAGCAAGGCAGUGCGGCCGCCGCUGCUGCUGCUUUACCCUCUUCUGGCGCUCCACCACAGCCGCCUUCCGGCGGCGGCUCCAGCAUCAUCUGA